UCGUUAGUAUCCUGGUGAAAUGAUGUUAUUUAAUUACUCAUAUUUUACGUAGUCUACAUUGGCAUUUCAUUUUUUUUAUUUUCAAUGUGUGUUACCUCAUUUCGGUGAAUUUUUUUUUCAAUUAACUGACUCGAAGGUGACCUUACGAGUACCUAAGCGGAAACCAUGGAAAAUCAUAACCAUCCGAAGCGAGGUUAUUGCAGAGAUCUGCCUUACGAAUCUUCUCAAUACGUGCCUCAUUUAUCACCUUUAAAUGCGGAUAAAUAUCAGGACACCAUAUACUUCGUUUCGAACAUAUCAUCUCCUUCGGUGAAAUAUCCUGUAAGGUACCCGAUUCCUUUCAACGAAUACCAAGAUAUGAUCAGCUGCGAACCGAUCAACAGCCCGUUACAGUGCAGAAUGUCCGACUACUCGCUUUUAUCAGAGGGCCACGAUUACAGGAUAAUGAGUACUCCACCCAGCGGCGGUACGAAUUUAACGAUGCAUUUGACCGGAGGCGACCAUUCGCAUGUGAUGAAAAGAUCUCCGUCGGAAAUCCAGUCUCCGAUCAAUAUGGAAAAUCAAGAGGUCAAGAAAAUGUCUAUGAAACGGGAGAGGAAUAGAGUCGCUGCAGCAAAGUGUCGUAAAAAGAAGCUCGAAAAGAUCGCUCAGUUGGAGGAGAAGGCCAGAUUAUUGAGGGAGGAGAAUCUCAAUUUGUUGAACGCUUUUAAAAAACUGAAACAAGAAGUGGACCAAUUAGAACAGAAGAUUAAUAAGCAUCGUGAUAAUGGUUGUGAUAUAUAGAUUUACCUCGAGUAGAAUAGACAUGGUGGUUGGUACCUAUUUUAUCAAGUUAUUACUUCCUUCCCUCACACUCUUGAGUGAAAAAAUCAUUUUUUUGAAACUUGAUAGUGCAUAUUUUAUAUUUCCUCAGAUACGUUAUGUAACAUUUAUACGUAGGUACCUACUUGCUGAGGUAUUCUGAAUAUCUACUUACUAGGUUUCGAAUUUAAAAACAAACCUGAAUGACCUCAUCGAAUUUUCAAUUUGACUCGUAGGUAGAUUAUUGAUUAAAAGAUUUCUCAAAAUUUCUCGGUCUAUUUUUCCACUUUUCAUGGAUCAUCUCGAGUGUUUGAAAUGUCAUAUGAUGUAAGAAAUCUUGAAAACUAUAAAUAAUUUGUCAAACUUUCACACAUUAUUUUGAUUCAUUUGUGAAGAGUAACUUUUGGUCAAAUAGGUACCUACCUAUAAAGAUUACCAAUCAAACAAUUGAAACGAAUCAUGUAGUGAACGUCUGAUGAUUACGUGACUUUUAAUGCAAAUUAUUUUGAUCUCCUUAAUUGGAAUCGCUUAUUUGAUUACAAAUGUAAAUUAUGUAGUUCUUUUUCACAUACCUAUUUUGAAAGAAAUACCGACAUUUUUUCAUGAAAAUUGUAUGGAAAAUCCAUCUCACUAAAUAGAAUUGGAAAAAGAUAAGAUAUCCUGUGGGUAUGGGUCACCAUUUUUUACAGCGAAAAAUUGUCUCAUAUCGGUGUGGAAGUUGAUAAGAUCAUCACAUCACGUUUGCAUUUGUAAAAAAAAUUCACGAGUGUCAUUUCCUUUUAAUCGGGCUUUUAUCUCAUAUUGACGCUAGUCAUUUUAGUGAUAAAAAUUCAUCAUUUUUAUGUGUAAGAGCGAAAUCAUGUAAAGAUAUAUGUCAUAUGUAUGAUUUUUUAUUGUUCCGGUAACGUAAUUUUGUAAUUAUUUACUCGUGCUAUUGUACAGAAGGGUUUUCAUAAAUGUUGCAAUAAAAUUAAUUUUAAUUGUUGAAUAA